AUACUCAACACCUCCCCGGCGCCCCACGCUCAAAGGGCUAGGCGCGGGGCGGGGGCGACCUCGGGGCUUCUCGGCAUUCUGGCGCGUCGGCAGGCAUGGCAGCGCAAGUCGCUCAAAGACUUUCGAUAUACUUCCCCGCUUUGCUUGCCGCCAACAUAGUUUGCCUUAUAGACUGCAUAUCGGCGGGCACCGGAUGCUUUCCUCGCGACCUCGCGAAAGUCAAUUUCCAUGGACGCGCCAAGGCACUUCUCGCUCCGCCCGAAUUUUCCCUGCCACCUAUUUACAUGCAAUAGACAUUAACAAAUACUAAUACGUAGCACUCGCGGUUUGCGCCAGUAUGCUAUGUUUUGCCGACCUGUCUCACCACCUGGGCCUGGUGCACACCUUCACAGAGGGCAGCUGCGGCUACGACGCCGACCAGCCCACGGGCGUGAGCGACACGCCCUCCGCCUCCGGCCCCGUGUGGUCCAUGCCUUGGUCGCUCAACGCCUACAAGGCCUCCGUGCGGCUGGGCAUUCCCCCCGGCGACCAGACGCCCGGCUUCGACUCCUGCCCGGACCGGCCCGGCUCUGACGAGACGGCUAACUACAUCACCUAUUCCUACCCCAUCUGCUACGUCUGGAAGAGCGGCGGCACCACCUACAGCGACUGCGUCACCACCCCCGGCGGCCAGGAUGCUCGCGGCCCUUGGUGUGCGGUGGACAAGUCCGACGGCAACUGUGUGGGUCCCCGCAAUGGCUGGUGGGACACCUGCGUGCCCGCCUGUGGCGGCAGUAGCAACAGCGGUGGCGGCAGUAGCAGCAGCAGCAGCGGUGGCGGCAGUGGCAGUAGCAGUGGCGGUAGCUCCGGCAGCAGUGGCGGCGGCGGCGGCGGCGGCAGCAGUGGCGGCGGCGGCGGCAGUGGUAGUGGCGGCAGUGGCAGUGGCAGUAGCAGCGGAGGCGGCAGUAGCAGCAGCGGCGCCAAGCCCAGCUGCGGCCCGGGCGCCGCCACCAAGAGCGGCCUGACCUGCACCUCAAAGGCCUGGACCAUCAAGGGUUCCUCCGCCACCUACACCGGCUGCGCCAACCCCACCAACGACCCCAAGGGCGUGUGGUGCGCCCUGGCCAAGGGACAGGCCACCGCCACUGGCACGUCCUGGGACUACUGCCCAGACGCCUGCAACCCCACAACCACUACCACCGGCGGCACUAGCAGCGGCGCCGGCGGCAGUAGCAGCGGCCCCGCACCCAGCCCCGCCGCCGCGCCGUCCUACCCGCUGCGCAAGGACUGCGGCGCCCGAGCCGUCACUGGCUUGCCCACCGGGUGCAGUUGCGCCGACUCCUACAACAUUGGAUUCGACGAGUUCGGCACCUCCUACGCCAAGCAGCGCGGCUGCACCUCCUUCAUCGAGACGCAGGGGCGCGGCAUCUGCAUCACCACCUGCACCGCCGGCAACAAGGCCGCGAACCGCAAGCCCUACGCCUGCGACUGCGCAGCCGCGUAACAAAUCAAGGGGCGGAGGGACCGGGCGGAGGGGCGGGCACCGGCGGGCGCCGCCGCCUGCUAAAGCGGCACCUGAGGCGGCGACGCCGCAGGCAACUGCGACUCGUUGCCUCGUGCGGCUUGCCUUGACUUGUUGAGGGGUUGACACGUCAGCAUUGCGCGUGCGUGGCGGAAACGGUGUGAGUGGCGAUGCGUGCCGCCAUGCACGCAGCCGCGGCUGGCACGGUGACAAUUUGCUGGGUUGCGGGCGGCGGCGGGGUGUUGGUUGGUAUUGUUGCGUGUUGCGUAGCACGUCAAUGUCUUCCGAAAUGGAAGCAGCGUGUGCAACACGACCUUUCUUUUAUUAAUACAGGAAUUCAGGAAGGGUACUGAAAGAGUACUUUCGCACCUUGAUUGUGUGCGUGUGUGCGUGCACAAUGACGACACGGCGGCUUGAUUAUUCUCAACUUUACUCGGCUUUCAGCGAUGAAGGCAACUCUACACAUUGAACGUUGAACGUUGAAUGCAGUGGCGUGUGUGAAAAAGCAAACGUCUGGGAAACAGGUGGAAAAGGUGGAGUGCGUGUGUGCCUUGCUAUGGUCUGUUUGCAGAUCUGGUUUGCAGAGUCAGCGGCUUGCGCCGUCUUGAUCAGGUAACUUGCCAGCAUGUGGCUGUGUGCUGGAGUGCACGAGGGAGUUCGUCCCUUUCCGCAGUUUCAUUAUUAUCGGGUAGCUAACCAAAUGAGUACACCGCCUUUCACAAGCCGCUAGGCGGGCAUCGGGAUGCAUGUAGAGCACCGCAAGGUGUGUCAGCACGGCAAUAUUCUCUUGGGAUUGGACAACCCUAAUUCGUACGCGAUGCAUUGCAGCCGGGCGCUGUGUGUGCUUCGGGAUAUUCUUCCACAAGUUGCGCUUCGUUUGCGGCGGGCCGGCGGCGCGGCAGGCUUUUGCCUGGGUGUAGGAUCAGGCAGCAGCAUAGUCUUGGACUGUCCCUUCUUGUAUUGUCGCAUUCAGGGGUGCCCCUGGUCGCAUUCAUAGUCUUGGAGUUAAAUUGGAGCCUAUCCACGAUGCCUUAAGUUGGAGCCUUUCCUCGAUGCCAAGUACGGUAUUGCCAGCACGCAUACGGUGUGUUCGUGUCAGGUGCUAGCUCGCAAGGCUUGCGAUCUGCGAGUGCAGGUGGUGCAGGCGGCUGUGCGUAGCAGGAACGCCGUAAAAGGACUUGAUGACGAGCUGGGGCUACCCAGUAUGUGGGACUUAGAGGCCUUCC